UCUUAGGUCAGCCUCGACCCCACGUAGCUUAGGAACAAAACAUGGACGCCUCGGUGGAUUAAUUUGAAUCAACGGAAGUAUGGAUUCCUCGACGAGAAAAUGACACUUCUCCCAAACGCAGCAAAUAACACUUCAGAAUGGGAACCAGAGUAUUCAAAGCCAACCUUGAAUAAACACAUGCAGCAUUCCUGAUAUUGUAAAACAUGUUUAUCUCAAAACUGAAAUGGAAAAGAUGAGAAGAGACACACUCCCCCUGGCUUUAGUUUUAACUUGUCAAAUAUUUCUUCAAGGUUUAUAUGGUGCAGUGGGUCAGUGUACCUCAGCGUCCUGCAGCAACAAUGGCACCUGUACCCCUGCUUUGGGGGGAGGGGUGUCAUGUGCCUGUCCCGCGGGGUUUACAGGAGCCACCUGUGACAUCGACAUUGAUGAAUGCCAAUCAAAUCCAUGCUACUUUAACGGCACAUGUAUUGAUGGAAUAAAUGGAUUCACCUGCAAAUGCCAAGAUGGAUUUAUUGGUGACCGCUGCCAUGCCGUCAUAAACAAAUGCCUUUUUAAUCCUUGUAAGAAUGGUGCCAAAUGCCAGACACUUCAGGAUGGAGGUCACAGAUGUCUUUGCGAAAAAGGAUUUAAAGGAUCUCUGUGUGAAGUUAACGUGAAUGAAUGCAAUGAGACGCAGUCGCCUUGUAGCGAACAUGGAGCCUGCAUCGAUGGCGUAAAUUCAUACACGUGCGCCUGCAACCUAGGAUACACCGGGUCCACGUGUAAUGUGACUGUUAAUGACUGUAUAAGUAACCCUUGUAUCCAUGGCGCGACGUGUCAUGAUGGUUUACUUGGGUACUCAUGCGCGUGUGCGGUAGGAUUCACCGGCAUCAACUGUGAGAUCAAUAUAAAUGACUGCGCCAGCAAUCCCUGUGCAGCUUACCAGCGGUGUAUCGACCGCAUCGAUAGCUACACGUGCGCUUGCCCGUUAGGGUACACAGGAAAUGCGUGUGACGUCAAUAUUGACGAGUGCGCCAGUCAACCAUGCCUUAAUAACGGUACCUGUCAAGAUGGUCGAGGAAAUUUCUCCUGUGUUUGCCCGGCUGGGUUUGAAGGCCUUCGCUGCGAAAACCAGACUAACGAGUGCGCAUCCAGCCCCUGCUUCAACGGCGGAACCUGCCAUGACCUGUUAAACCGGUUUGAAUGCGUGUGCCCUAACGGGUUUCUGGGAAGGCAAUGCGAGGCGAACGUUGUGGAGUGUCUAUCGGAUCCUUGUCUUAAUAACGGAACUUGUGUUGAGAAAAUUGGCGUGGUGGGCUAUCAGUGUGUGUGCCCCGAUGGCUUUGCAGGAAACCACUGUCAGUUCAAUAGCUCUACUUGCCACCCAAGUAUCUGCCAAAACAAUGGCACGUGUCAUGUGACCGAUGCCCAACGGGCGUGUAUAUGCUCGGCUGGGUGGACUGGUCCCCACUGCUCACAAGAUAUCGACGAAUGUCAAGUUUCCCCAUGCAAACGAGGCUCGUGCGUGAACACCGCAGGAGACUUCAGCUGCGCUUGCCCAGUCGGGUAUACCGGCAAGCUUUGCGAGAUUGACAUAGACGACUGUGCCAGCAUGCCUUGCGGGAAUCUAAGCACGUGUAUUGAUCACGUGAAUAACUACUCAUGCGCAUGCGUCCCUUGGUAUACCGGAAGAAACUGUGAGAAUCUGGUUACAAACUGUGACACUGCACCGUGUCAAAAUGGGGCCACCUGUAAAAUAGGAGCAAAAGGGUUUAUCUGCGACUGCAAAGCCGGAUAUACCGGUUUAGCCUGUACCAUCAAUAUCGACGAGUGCGCAUCAAGCCCCUGUUUUAAUGGUGGCAGCUGCAGGGAUGACGUCAACGGUUACACGUGCACUUGCGCACCAGGGUAUACCGGAAGUCGAUGUGAAAUGCUAGACGAGGUUAGCUUCCGCCGAGGCUCCUACAUGCCCGUGUACUGGUACAGAGAUCGACCGCUGCCUGCUAGAGCCCGUGUGGAAUUCUUGUUUCGGACGAGCCUUAGUGAUGGGCUGCUGCUAUACCAGGGAGCUGACCGGAGCUUAGAGCAUCCAGACCACGUGGCCCUGGAGCUGCUGCGAGGGUCUUUGCGCCUCUCACUCAACACAGGAUUCGAUACGCAGGUCGAUACUAUCGGCAGGGACUUAAAUGAUAGUACAUAUCACCAGGUCACGCUAGUGCUGGAAAAUAACAGAGCCACGGUAGAGGUGUCUGGAGGAUCGUGUGACGCGGGUUGCAAGGGCUCCGUCACCACUCAGCUCUCCGCUGUGUUCGCGUACAGCGGGCUCGCUACACUCGGGGGCUUGGCACAGACAGGUCCGGUCAUCCGGGACCAGAUCGCUACAGACGGCAACUUUGUUGGAUGUAUCAAGGACUUCAAGCUUAACCUCAUCAGUGACUACCUUCGGGACUUUAUACCACACGCUGUCCACGUGACACCGGGAUGCGCGCGCACUGACGUCUGUAAAAACCACAAGUGCACUAACGGAGGUGCAUGCGUAGAUAUGUGGUCAGAAUACCGCUGUCAAUGCCCGACAGGCUUCGCGGGCACAUUUUGUGAAAAGCAGAGUCUGGCGACGUUUGACUCCGACGCGAAUAGUGGGCUUGUGUUCGGGUUCUCCACCAAUGUUCUCAGGAUUUCGUUUAUGUUUUCUGCAGAUGUUGAGGCUCCAAACGGAAUAUUGCUGUACACGGAAAAGGGGGCUGCCCCAGGAGUUCUCGGCCUAGCUCUCAGAAAUGGCCGCCUUCAUGCCGCCUACGUGAUGGGCUUCUUCCAGUCUACUUCUGUCGAGAUUGGCCGUGACCUAAGUAAUGGAAACUGGCACCGCGUUGAAAUCUCUGUUACUUUUGGUUACAUAACCAUUAAAGUAAAUUCUGAUGUAACUAUCCUUCGUCCACCUUCCACGGUGCCAAAUCUACAAACUAAAGUAUACAUGGGAAACCUGUUGAGCUCCAUGACCGAGCUGAAUGUGGAAUUGAGCAGAUCUAUCACUUUCAAUGGAUGUGUGCGUGACAUUUUUGUAAACAGCGUUGAGCAGAACUUUGGCAGUGCGGUACGGAGCUCCAGUAGCUUUACCCUUCCCAAGCCGGGAUGCAGAAAAGAGACAAAUUGUCACGCAGAAAGCUGUGCUAAUGGUGGAACGUGUGUUGCUACGUGGACUGGGUUUCAAUGUCGGUGUUUGGCGGAGUUUAAUGGAACCAGAUGUGAGAAUGGUACUGCUACAACAUUCCUAGCCAACACAAGCUCCAUCCAACUGGGCCUUAACACGACCGAGUGGCGCUUCGGGCAGAGUGGUUCACUGCGCGUGCGCACGUCACGUGCGAUCGGUCUCCUGCUUUAUGCAGGCUGGAAACCGAGUGGGCCUAAUACCGAGUAUCUUAUGGUUGACCUUGUUUCUGGAAAAGUGCGGUUAACAGCCGAUCUCGGAUCAGGUCCCGGAAGUGUUAUCAACCCCAUGACUGUAAAUGAUGGAGACUGGCACCAUAUCACGUGGUCAAGACAAUACAAACGACUCAUUCUUUCUGUUGAUGAUGUCACCAUGGAGAUGAGCACCCAGGGUGAACAGAGUGUGUUGGAUGUUGCCGACAGUGAGAUCAUUUACGUGCACAUUGGAGGUUUUCCUUAUUUGAAGUCAAGCGCAACAGGUUUGUCUACCAUCACCUCAUUCCAAGGCUGUCUCAAAGACUUGACAUUCCACUAUCGUUAUGUUCACUUCCUGACACCCUUUUCACAGCAAGGCCUGGCCUCUAUCCUCAGAAACGUCACCACUGGUUGCCACAGCAUUGGGCCAUGCUCGUCCAAUCCUUGUCAAGGGUACAGCACAUGCGAAAAUGCAGGGGGCGCCUAUAACUGCACAUGCCUGUCCGGAUGGACCGGUGAUAAGUGUGAUGUCCGUAUUCCGGAUUGCAUUAUCGCUAACUGUUCCAAUGGAGCUACCUGUGUGAAUGAGAGCAACGGGUUUAGGUGUCAAUGCGCCGUAGGAUUUACCGGAAAAUUCUGCGAGGCGAUCAUAAAUCCUUGCGCGCCGUCCCCCUGCAAAAACGGCGCUACGUGCAUUCGGGAAGCCCAUGGAAAGUACCGCUGUCAGUGUGCUCUGGAUUUCACUGGGUUCAACUGUGAGAUUCGAGUGAAUAACUGCAGUAGCUCCCCGUGUUUGCAUGGGGGUACGUGCAUUGACGGAUUUGAAGACUACAACUGCACGUGUCCAGGUGGAUACUACGGCAAACAAUGUGAAACUGUUGACACGUGCUUUGCACAUGCUUGCAAGAAUAACGCCACGUGCAACCGACGUGAUAGCGACUACACGUGCACAUGCGUGGGGAACUUUGCAGGAGAACUGUGCGACAGUUGCACGGCGGGAUAUACCGGUGCGGACUGCAAUACUCCAAUGAAGAAAUGCUUGACGAGCCCCUGCAAAAACAACGGAACUUGUUACCAUGAUGCUCAGCAACCGUGGACCAAUCGCACUUGUAGUUGUAUUGCAGGGUUUACAGGGAUGAGCUGCGAAACUGACGUCGAUGAAUGUCUGUCGAGCCCGUGCGCGAAUGGCGGUACGUGUAGUGACAGCACGAGCAGCGCAUCCCAUUUUGUAGGUUUUAUCUGCGCAUGCGUUCAAGGCUAUGAAGGCGCGAGAUGUAUGAACAGGACUAAUGUCUGUGCCAGUAGCCCCUGUCAAAACAACGCCACGUGCCGGGAUGUCAUGGGCCACGUGAAGUGCACGUGCCCUACUGGAUUCACUGGAGCAUUAUGUGAGACAGACAUAAACGAGUGCGCCUCCAAUCCUUGUAAUAAUGGGACUUGCCUUCAAGGGAUAGGUCGCUAUGACUGUUCGUGUUUCCAAGGAUUCACUGGGCAAAAUUGCCAAGUUGAUAUCAACGAGUGUCAAAGCUUUCCGUGUCUAAACUCGGGCACAUGUCGAGAUGAGGUCGGGAACUACUCGUGUAGGUGUCCCUAUGGUUACGAAGGCAGAAACUGUGAGAUCAACACUGACGACUGCGCUGCAAACCCUUGUCUUCACGGCGCUACGUGUACUGAUUUGGUUGGCGGGUUUGUGUGCACCUGUGCUUUAGGCUACACCGAUCACAACUGCAGUACUAUUAUCGAUAACUGUGAUCCGAAUCCCUGCAAUCAUUCGGGCAUUUGCACCAACAAAAUCGGUAACUAUACAUGCCUUUGUAAGGGCGGCUAUACGGGCUGGAAUUGUAACACCCUAAUCGACUUUUGUUAUUCCGAUCCGUGUGCUUACGGGGCGACGUGUGUCAGUAGCUUGGCAGACUACACGUGUGCCUGUGUACCAGGUUAUACUGGUCGCAACUGUACAACCAACAUCGACGAUUGUCUCUCCGCGCCGUGUAAAAAUGGGGCAACUUGCGAGGACAAAGUAAAUGGUUAUCUUUGCAAAUGUCCUGAUGGGUUCCAUUCAACAAACUGUAGCGAGAACAUCAAUGAGUGCGACCCUAACCCGUGUUUGAACGGCGCCACAUGUCUAGACAAGAUAGCCGAUUAUGCUUGUGUCUGUCCAUCUGGUUACAGCGGCAUCAACUGCUCGGUCAAUGUGAACGAUUGUAGGACCAAUCCUUGUGAGAAUGGCGGUACAUGCAUCGAUUUGAUUGGCGGGUAUGCAUGUACCUGUGCUCCUGGCUUCACUGGCGUUAACUGUUCCGUUAACAUCGACGAUUGUGCUUCGAGACCUUGUAAAAACGGCGCGACUUGUAAUGAUGGAGUUAAUAGUUACACGUGUUCUUGUGCAGCUGGUUUUUCCGGUAAGAAUUGCUCACAUAAUAUCGACGACUGCUUUUCAAUGCCUUGUAAACACGGCGCUACCUGCAAGGACGGUGUGGCGGGGUGGACGUGUGUAUGCAGUGCUGGGUAUACUGGUGCGACUUGUGGAACUAACAUCAAUAAUUGUGCUUUUAGUCCUUGUGAAAACGGGGCGACCUGCAUAGACCUUGUUGAUGGCUACAGAUGUUCUUGCUCGGUCGGUUUUACGGGAACGAAUUGCAGCACAAAUAUCGAUGACUGUUACUCGGAUCCUUGUAAAAACGGCGCUUCUUGCGUAGACGGAAUAAAUAGAUAUACUUGCGUCUGUCCGACUGGCUUCACAGGUUUUAACUGUUCCUUAAACAUUGACGAUUGUUCCACGAAUCCGUGCCGAAACGGCGCGACAUGUGUCGAUGGAAUCAAUAAAUACUCAUGUACCUGUCCAGCUGGAUUUACGGACCAGACAUGUUCCACAAACAUUGACGACUGUGCAACGAAUCCUUGUCGAAAUGGCGCAACGUGCAUCGAUGGAAUCAAUAAGUAUUCGUGUACCUGUCCAAUUGGAUUUACGGACCAGACAUGUUCCACAAACAUUGACGACUGUGCAACAAAUCCUUGUCGAAAUGGCGCAACGUGCGUGGAUGGAAUCAAUAAAUAUUCGUGUACCUGUCCGAUUGGAUUUACGGACCAGACAUGUUCCACAAACAUUGACGAUUGUGCAACGAAUCCUUGUGGAAACGGCGCGACUUGCGUCGAUGAAAUCAAUAAGUACUCGUGCCUUUGUCCAGCUGGGUUCUCCGGUGGGAAUUGCCAAACAAAUAUCGAUGAAUGCGCAUCACGUCCUUGCGCAAAUGGUGGUAGCUGCAUUGACCGCAUCAAUAGCUAUGAAUGCACCUGCGUACCUGGAUACACUGGGCGGAACUGUCAAGUGGAUAUAGAUGAGUGUGAGUCCAAACCAUGCGUUAAUGGAGGAACGUGUAUAGACCGUGUAGCCGGUUACUCUUGCGCAUGCGCAGUAGGAUACACCGAUCAAAAUUGCUCGGUCGAAAUAGAUGAAUGUGCUUCCAACCCUUGCUUGAAUGGCGCGACAUGUACUGAUCGGCUGGGCGGAUACGCGUGUUCGUGUAUUCCGGGAUUCACUGGUAAAAAUUGUGAGACUGACCUAGACGAGUGUCUAUCUAAUCCAUGUGGGAACGGUGCCACUUGCCGACACCUUGUGAACAAUUAUACUUGCAUUUGCGCGGUAGGAUUUACUGGAAGAAACUGCCUUGAUGAUAUCAAUGAGUGUGGCUCCGAUCCAUGUGUACAUGGCAAAUGCAAUAACACUAUUGGCUCUUUCGCUUGUGAUUGUUCGGGCACUGGGUUCACAGGCGCAAGGUGCAAUAUUGAUGUAAACGAAUGCCAAAGCCUGGAGCAACCGUGUUUUAACGGAGGCACAUGUUCGAAUCUUGAUGGUUCGUACUCGUGUGAGUGUCCAAGGGGUUUUGCUGGAAGAUUAUGCGAGCUUGAUGUCGAUGAAUGCGCGAGCAGCCCUUGUCUUCAUGGCGGUAAAUGCAUCAACCUUAAAGACCAAUUCAUUUGCCACUGCGUGGGGACUGGGUUCACGGGUUUCCGUUGUGGUCUUGAUGUGGACGAAUGUACAUCCGGGACUCAUCAGUGUAUGCACAAUGCCACGUGCACAAACCUAGAGGGGGGCUACCGAUGCACAUGCGUAGAAGGAUAUUUCGGGGAACACUGUGAGAAUGGGACGUUGGCUCCCCCACCAUCAUCAGCUCCCAGACAAGCCAGCAAUGAUGUUAACAACGAUGUAGAAUUAGGGCUUUCUAUAGCAUUUGUUUUAGUAGUUUUAAUUGUAGCAUUAGUUAUUUUAUAUUUCUAUUUCCGCAAGAAGGCUGCAAAGGAGAGUGGGAAAUACUACCCCUCAGAAGAAGAAUACAAAGGAGGGUAUCCCAUGAGUCCACUUGAUUUCGAUAAGCUUGACAAAGAAGAACAGUUAGUUUAGUUUUAUUUAUUGAUCUUAAAAAUGUUUAAGCAUUUUUACUCGUGUGACUUGUCAGAGAAAACCCAAUUUUUAUUUUCAUUUUGUCUCAUGUAAAUAAUGGUUAUAUGAUACUUUCACAUCUUGAAUAGUAGUAAUAUUUUUAAAGGAUUGAACUGUAUAUAAUAUGAAGGAAAUAUCCUUGUAAUAUAAAAAGGAACUGUUUCAUCUCCUUUUAGAAAGUGAUGUUUACUAGGUGUUUUUUUAACCGAAUUGCAAGCACUUUACUAUUAAACAUAGAAUAACAGAUAAAAA